AUGUUGGACAUUUGCUCCCUCUCCACCCCGGCCCUCGCAGCCUUCCUCCUACUCCCUUCCAUCCUGGGCAUCGGAACCGUCGCCUCCGCCUCCCGCGGCAACCUUGCGGCUCUCCAAGCCGCACCUCUGGCCGCUGGAAGCUUGGCCGGUCUUCUGAUCCUUCGUCAGCCCGAUAUCAAGCUCAUUCUCGCAAUCGGUGCACUUGCCGCUAUCCCCUUCCUCCUGGCACUGUUCUCCCACCAACCCACGACCUUCUCCCUAGCAAACGGCCACACAUCACGCAAGGACAAACCCGCCUCUCUCAACACUCUCGAUCGUUUCUCGCCGGCCAGCCCAAACACGCGCACCUCGACCACGCCUACCACCGUACCGUGCACGCCUGCGGGCUCGGACAGCGGCGACGUCUUCCGCUCAACCUACCUGGACAAGGUCACAGUCUCCCUCUCGCAGUGCUCGCGCGCGCCGACCCGCUCCCCGCCUCCACUCGCUAUGCUCAAUGGCGCACUCGCGCCCUUCCCCGUCACGCCGGUCACGGUAGUGUCGAGCGCGAGCACGAGAGCGUCGAGCACGCACGAGAACGCCUUGGCUGAGGCGCAGGCUGCCCCGCUUCUGCCUGCGCCAACUUUUGAGGAAGAAUUCGCCCGCUAUGUUGCCCGCACAGCCGCGCGGUGCCGGCCCGAGGAGCCGCCCGUUUCCUUUGGGUCUUGGCCCAAGGAGUGGCCCGUGUACUGGGAAGGAGCAGGCCUGGCCCGGAAAGGAUGCUGGUGA